CUUCCGUAAAGAAGAAGCAAAAUGGCGGAAGGAGGCCCACCGGAUUUAGAACUAGCAACCCAGAAGAAAACAAUUGAAGAAUACUUAGGCCAAAGUCUUAAAAAAGGAGAAUCAUGGUACUUGAUUGAUGUUCGGUGGUUCAAACAGUGGAAAAAGUAUGUAGGAUAUGAUCAGUGGGAUUCAUACAAUGUAGGGGACCAGUCUGUUCACCCAGGGCCAAUCGAUAACUCUUCUUUAUUUAAACCUGACACUAAUGUACUGCGAGAACACUUAGUAGAUGAUCUAGAUUAUAUAUUGCUGUCUGCUGACGCUUACAAAAAACUGUCUUCAUGGUAUGGUGUUGCUCCUGGUCAGCAACCCAUCGUCAGAAAAGUCAUAGAGCAAGGAAUGUUUGUUAAACAUUGUAAAGUUGAAGUGUAUAUGAUGGAACUGAAAUUAAGCAACAACUCAGAUGUUACAACUGUGAUAACACAUGCCUUCAGUAGAGCUGAUACUAUUGCUACAAUUGAACAGGAAAUGCGCAGGCUUUUUUCUAUCCCUGAUAAUAAAGAAGUACGACUUUGGAAUCGUUACAUGAGCAAUACCUAUGAGUUGUUGACUAAAAAAGAUGUCUCAUUACAAGAUGCUGGUUUGUACCAGGGGCAGGUUAUUGUAAUUGAAGAGAAAAAUGAAGAUGGCACAUGGCCAAGACAAGCUAAAAGUGCUAGCUCAUAUGGUUCCACCCCUAGUACAACAUAUUCAUCUAACAGAGCUGGUUACACUGGUGCAAGUGGGUCAUCAACCUAUGAUUCAAGUAGUCAAGCAACAAGUACAAGUAGCUACACUAGCAAUAGUGUUAAUAACUUUUACAGCAACAAUGGCUAUGAUCGCAGUAACAGCAGUAAACCAGGGCUAUGUGGCCUAGCUAAUUUAGGCAACACAUGUUUUAUGAAUUCUGCUUUACAGUGCAUGAGCAAUGUUGGCCGCCUUACAGACUAUAUGCUGAGUAAUGUGUGGGAGAAGGAGCUUAAUAAAGAAAAUCCCUUAGGCAUGAGGGGUGAAAUAGCCAACACAUAUGCUGAACUUAUCAGGGACAUUUGGUCAGGACACAAAAGCUAUACUGUGCCUAGAAAUUUCAAGAUUGCAGUAGGAAGAUUCGCACCCCAAUUUUCAGGAUAUCAGCAACAAGAUUCCCAGGAAUUGAUGGCUUUUUUGUUAGAUGGACUUCAUGAAGACCUUAACAGAAUCAGGAAAAAACCUUACAUUGAACUUAAAGACUCAGGUGGAAGACCUGACAAGAUUGUUGCAAAAGAAGCAUGGGACAACUAUAAGAAAAGGAAUGAUUCUGUCAUUGUAGAUAUUUUCCAUGCUCUUCUUAAAUCAACAGUUCGAUGUCCUGACUGUGAAAAAAUUUCAGUUACUUUUGAUCCAUUCUGUUAUCUAUCAUUACCACUUCCUAUUAAAAAAGAACGACAAAUGGAAGUGAUAUGGGUGCCUCUUCCUCCAGAAAAAAAACCUAUGCAGCUAAAACUGACUGUGCCUAAAGCAGGCAGCAUCAGAGACCUAUGUUCAGCAUUGUCAGCUCAAGUAGAUGUCCCAUCUGAUAGGAUGGUAGUCACAGAUGUCUACAACCAUAGAUUUCAUAAAAUUUUUAACAUGGAAGAAGGAGUAAAUAAUAUAUUGGACAGAGAUGACAUAUUUGUUUAUGAGAUACCUAGCAGUAAUGUUGAAGAUACUAUGGUACUGCCAAUCUACCUUAGAGAUAAAAAAAAUGGUGCACCUGAUCGCAAUUCAGUAUCCAGUCAGCCUUUAUUUGGCCAUCCAAUGUUGUUAGCUGUUCAUAGAAACUCCUGUACAUAUGAAACAUUGUAUCAACUGCUCUUAAAAAGAAUGUCACGUUAUGUCAAGAUACCUGAAUCACUAGAUGACUGGGAAGAAGAGCCAUUAGAUGAUGAUGAAGAAGAUGACACAUCAUCUGCCAAUACAAACUCCUCUUAUUGUGGUGCCAGUAAUGGGACUUUAGAAGAGGAUGGAGGAGAAGCCAGUAAUGGUCACUCUGUGAAUGAGUAUGAAAUGGAGACAACAGCUGUUCAAAUAGAGACAGUUAAUUCUUCCAACAAUAAACUUGGUCAAGAAAAUGAUGUAGCUUCAUGUUCAUCCUUGUUGCCAGCAGUUAGAGGCAAGCGUAUCUUUGCUUUACGAGCAGCAAAUAAUUUUGGAAGGGAUGAGAAUGGUACAAUUUUGGCAGACGAUGGAAAGCCCUUGAGAAUAACAAAUCGAACAUACAUAGCUGUGGAUUGGAGUAAAGCAGCCAAAGAUAGAUUCUUUGAUGAGAAAGCUGCUGAGGAAUUUGAAGAGCAUGACAGCAUGAAAGCACGUCCUGGUCAAAAGAAGACAGUUAUUCAACUGGAUGACUGCUUAAAAUUGUUUAUGAAGGAAGAACAGCUAAGUGAUAAAGAUCCAUGGUACUGUCCAGAUUGUGAACAACACAAGCAAGCAACCAAAAAAUUUGAUCUUUGGUCACUACCAGAUGUCCUUAUCAUACAUUUGAAAAGAUUUUCUUAUAAUAAAUACUGGAGAGACAAAAUUGAUGUACUAGUUGAGUUCCCAACACAUGGUUUGGAUCUGCGUAAAUAUAUUAUCAAUGAAGAAUCAAAUGAAUGUGAUGUGUAUGAUCUCAUAGCUGUAACCAAUCAUUAUGGAGGAUUAGGAGGUGGCCACUACACAGCUUAUGCCAUGAACAAAGAUGAUGGAAGCUGGUACUAUUUUGAUGACUCAAGCGUUACAGCUUCUUCUGCUGAGUCUGUUGUUACAAAAGCAGCGUAUGUUCUGGUAUAUCAACGGAAAUCACUCAAUCAAAGCAGGAAAUCUCAAAGGGCAAACAAAGUACAAACAUUUACUGAAACCACCAGUUCCACCUCAAUGAAGCACAGUGAUCCUAACAUCCCUAAUGGAGUUGGAGCUGCAAGUGAAGAAGAUGACAUGGAAACAAACUAGUUAACUGGAUUUACGUUUAGUAGUCUAGACUAAUAGAAAUUAUCUAUAGGAUUAUAUUAAUAAAGCCUUCACUUUAAUUAAAAGAAUUUUACUAGUGCCAAGAUUUAAUUUGUACUGUUUUCUUUAUCAUAAUUUAUACUUAGUUGAACAUUUCUUCCAUAAAAACUACAAUUGGCUUUAAAAAUAAACCUAAUUAAUUGCAAUUUUAUUAUUUUAUUUUCUGAAUCAUAUAAUUGUGCUACAUUUUAGAUUUCACACUGUUAACUCAUUCAAAACAAUUAUCCUUUUAAAUUUGGUUUAAAUUUAAUUUGUAGCAAUUACAUAGGCGUUAAUGUUCAAAAAAUACAUUGUGAUGCCAAAAUAUGUUUGAAAAGGGGGACACUUCUUGUAUGUAUAUAUAAAGUUUAAACUGUCUUUGGAUAUUACUGUUUUGGAUAUUACUUUAGAUCGCCUGUUUUAAAUAGAUUCUGUAAACAGAACAUAUAGAGAAGAAAAUAUUGAGUGAUUUCAACUUAAACAGAUUGGUACACCACUUUUAAACAUCUAAAAUUAUCUUUUUACUAAACAGUAUAUAAUAACAAAGCAGGUAAUGGGUAAUUUGCAAACAUAUAACAUAUACAGCUUAUAGUAGUUUAAAUGUAAUUGGUUUCAGGUGGAUUAAACAAUUGUAGACUAUUACUUAAUAUUAUCAGUUCUUGAAAAUAAUUUUAUGAUAAUUUACCUAAUUUAAAAACGUAAUUUUGUUCAAUCAUAUCAUACAUACUCUGCUUGUUGAAAUUUUGUAUUCUAACUGCUUGUUUAAAGAUAGCUAGUACAAAAAGUUCUUGAGAAUAAGAAAGGGUUGUGUCAGUAUGUCUGAUUUUCUUAAAUGGUCAUUGAUAACUGAUUUUGAAACUUUUUACAAAUAUUUUUAAAACUUAUUUCUGCAAGUUGACCUUGAUUAUAGUUUAAGCAUUCCAUAACAACACUUUAAAUUAUUAGAAAUUGGGUGUGUGGUUAUGAAACCAUUCUAAAAAUAUUUUGGCUUGGAACAAGGACCCUGUUGCAUGAAAUAAUUUCCUUUGACAUGCCAUUGGUGCUGAUUGCCUAACGGUCAAUGUAAAUAUAAUUCAAUUCACCUUGUGUAGUGCAUUCUUCCUCAGUGGAAAUUAACACUUUGUACAUGGAUUAUGAUUUCUUCAAGAUAAUUAUUCUGUUGUUUCCAAAUGUAAAAAUGUAUUGUUUUUUCUUAAAGUUAAGUUGUCAAAUUGAGAACCACAAGUUAUCAACUUUGACAGUGAGAUUAUAAUAGUUUGAAUUCCUUAUUUAAAAGCCAUAAUUUGAUUUUUAUUGAGCACUUGAGAAAUGUCCCUGUAUAAAGAUGUAAUUAAAAUGAUUAGCUUGUUUAAAAUGUGCACAUAGAGCUGUAUAGUCUGCACUGUUUACAAAUGUACAAUUAUAAGCCUUUAAAUAAAAGAAACAAAGACUGUCUGACUGGAGGCAAGAAUGGAGUGUGAAGAGCUUAGUCAUGGAUGUGAUAAAAAUAUUUAUCACUGUUCAUAAUAUACUAUUUUUGCUGUAUAGAGUUAUACUUAUGUUAUAAAGAAAUUUCUAUUACUAUUAUUGAGAAAGCUUUCAGAGUUCAUUCUGCAUGUAAAACAUUUUGCUUACAGUUUUACAUUGGUUUCAAUAUCCAGUAAAUUCUAAAUGUGUUGAGCCAUAAAUAGCUUAACUAGUUUUGUAAAUGUUAAUUUUUAGUAGUCUGUCUCAUUUGGACCCACUAUAGUGUUUGUGCCUUGAAAUGACUCAAAAUAAUCAUUGUAUAUGUUUAGAUUUUACAUAAUACAAAUGUAUAUUAAAAUUUAGAGUUGUUAAUGAGCAUUCCCAAUAAAGUAAAUUGUGGAAAAGAUCUGACUUAAUUAAAAACUUCAUUGAAAGAGCCAAACUUAUUAACACAAUCAUGAACUAUACUUCUUUGAAAAAAAUUCAGUCUUUUAGGAAAAAUGAGGGCCUAAUUUUAAGUGGGUAAAUGUUUGAAAGAUGUAACUUUUCACUUUAGUUUCUUGCUUUUCUACUCUUUCUCAUGAUUGAGAGAAGAAAUUGACAUUUGUGAUUUAAGUGCAGGAAGAAAACUCAGGAUGUUUAAGUCAGUUUACUUUAAAAUGUUAAUUGCAACAGAGAAAUUAGUUUCUAUAGGUUAAACAUUUACUGAAUUAAAACUAUAGCAAUAGCUAACACAUUUAAUUAUCUCUUAAGUCUUAACCAUCAAACUUCAUUUUAGUCAGGUCUAGUAAAAGAAUCAAUAUCUAUUACAUUCUUUCAUGUUGGUUGUAUAUAUCAAAUCAUAAUAAUUUAUUGUCCCUGAGACUUUUGUUACUUUCGGAUGUAUUAAUUUUUUCCUUUACAAUCUGAUCAUUUUAGAUUUAGGGGAGACCCUACAUGUCCCAGAUUACACUUCUGUAUUUAAGGCUAAAUAGCGGUAGAUUGUAAUAAAUUCUGAAAACAUUAGUUCUAGAUUCCCAUCAUGAUACAUUAUUAUUGUUCUCUAUAAGCUUAAUACAAGUGUUCUCUUGAAGCAUUGUUAAAGAAGUUCCCUAAUGAGCCACAGAAUGUAUGUAAAAUAAAUUGUGCACUACCUACACAGCCCUAACAUCUGGUCCUUUAUUUAUUAUUUAACUUGUUAAAAUUUUUAUAGAGAAUAUUCUAAUUACAGACACAAUUUAUCAAGACACACAUCAAACUAAACUGUUUUGUUUAGGAAUAAAGCUCUUCUUUAAAAAAAAAAACCCACUUAGCUUAUAAUUUCAUUGAAUAUGUAGACAUCUAAAUAAAAUAAUACUGAAACUUUAUUUUAGAAUUAUUUCUUUAUUACUCAUGUCACGAAAUAUGUUAUAAUGUUUCAAUAUUAUUGGAUAUUUAUAAAGUAAUAAAGUUUGCUUGUGAAUACCAGUGUUAUUAAUUUUUUAGUUUGUAAAAUAGUAAUCAAUUAAAAAAUUAAUCA